GAAAAAAAACUAUUUUGCUUGUUGGAAAGGACAAAGGACACUCGGGACGCGAGAGAGAGCUUUGCUUCCAAGGAACCGCCAUGGAGAAGUUGAAGCGAACGGUGGAUCAGGCCCGGGCUGCCUUCAACACGGGCAAGACACGCCCGUUGGCUUUCCGGAUCCAGCAGCUGAAAGCCUUGAAGAAGAUGUUGGAGGAGAAAGAGAAGGAAUUCGCCGCGGCCCUGAUGGCGGAUCUCCACAAGAGCGCAUUCAACAGCUUCAGCUACGAGUUUAUGAUCAUCCUGGGCGAGAUUGACCAGAUGCUGGAGAAGCUCCCCGAUUGGGCGAGCCCCCAGCCCGUGGAGAAAACCGUGAUGACGCUGGGCGACAAGACCUACAUCCAUCGGGAGCCCCUGGGCGUGGUCCUGGUCAUCGGGGCAUGGAAUUACCCCUUCGUCUUGGUCAUGGGGCCUCUGAUAGCAGCCAUCGCUGCAGGCAAUGCUGUGGUGGUCAAGCCGUCGGAGGUCAGCGAAAACACAGCCAAGUUGUUUGAAAAGCUGCUCCCUCAAUACCUCGACAAGGGGAUCCUUUCCUCCUGCAGGCGGAUUGCGUGGGGGAAAUACAUGAAUUGUGGCCAGACCUGCAUCGCCCCGGAUUACAUCCUAUGCAGCCCAUCCAUUCAGAAGACCGUCGUGGAGAUCAUGAAACAAAAACUCAAGGAAUUUUAUGGCGAGAACGUUAAGGACUCCCCGGAUUACGAGCGGAUCGUGAACAAGCGUCAUUUCAAGAGACUGACGGGCCUUUUGGAAGGACAGAAGGUGGCCUACGGGGGUGAAACUGAUGAGUCCACCUGUUUCAUAGGUGAGCCCCCAACACACACACCCUCCACCCACCGAUGUGUCGAAGGCCUUUUGCAGUCCCUGUUCUUCUCUCUUUCCUCCCAGGUCAUCGAUAAAAUGAUUGCCGAAACCUCCAGUGGCGGAGUGACUGCAAACGACGUCCUCAUCCACUUUUCCAUUCCAGGGUUCCCUUUCGGGGGCGUGGAUCAGUUCCGCAUCCCAUUAUCCUGA